CGUCAGUCAAAAUUUUCAUUAUCGGAAAGGAAAAAUUUGCUAACUGCGUGUGAAAACUUUGCGUCGUGAAGAAAAUUGCAAUUUCGACCGUCUGUUGAUGCGUUUUUCCCAACUAAAAAGGUGCAUUUUGCUGGAGUAUUCGAGUGGUGAAACGAAAAAGUAGAAAUUCGGCGUGGAUCUCAACGUGCUGGGGACCACCGCACAAGGUCUCGCGUGGCCAUCGUUUUCACGGCAGAGUUUGAGAACGUUCCGAAACCAUCCAAAUUGGGGGGAAUAAGUGACCCUUCCAUUUUGUUUUGAAAUAUAGAGCAAACUGUACGGAAGGCAGGACAUUUUGAUUCGUCAGAAUGAGUGUCAUAAUACGGUUGCAAAAUUUGCCCUGGUCGGCGAAUGCGCUGGAUGUUCGUAACUUUUUUAAAGGUCUUUCCAUUCCGGACGGCGGAGUACACAUCGUUGGAGGCGAAAUGGGCGAUGCGUUUAUUGCUUUCAGUACCGACGAGGACGCCCGUCAGGCAAUGAUGAUGAACGGGGGUAAGAUCAAAGAAGUGCAGGUCACGCUUCUUCUGUCCUCUCGCGCUGAAAUGCAAAAGGUGAUCGAGGAAGCUCGUCGUACAACAAUGUCAUUUAUGCAGCUGUCCGCCCAGAGUGCCCCCGUUAUUCCACAGCAAGCCCCGGUUAUUCCUAAAGUUACGGCUCCCGCUGUAACGGCUGCCCAACCGCAACCGCAACCGCCGGUCAUAAGCUUGUCGGGCUUUCUGGCGCAAAAUCUGAACCAACAGAAAAACCAAUCGAUCUAUUCGGAAAUUCCCGGGCUGGGAUUUCUGGCGCCGAGUGGUGGAAUGUUCCAGCCGAACGCUCCAGCUGCUGGUCUAUUUUCGGCGCUGAGCGCUCAAUCCUAUGGUGCGGCUGGGUCGCCACCCACUACUAAUUCGGCGUUCACGCAACUCUCUGAACAGUUGAAGAAGGUAGGCGAAGCGGAGAAGAGUGCCGGAACGGAUACGAGUUCCAAGAGCGUGUCGAAGAAAGAUGGCGGAGGUGAAAGAAGCAGUCGUAGAAGCAGGUCUAGUUCGCGUGAACGAGACAGGCGACGAUCGAGGUCGAGAAGUCGGGACCGCGGUAGCAGACGUCGAGGACGAGACCGAAGUCGAGAUAGGAGAAGUAGAAGCCGUAGCCGCGAUCGUCGCGAUCGUAGGCGCCGAUCCCGAUCCCGCGAUCGUCGCGAUGACAGAACACGGGACAAAACGCGAGAGGCAGACCAGAAAACGGCUGAUAAAAAUUCGAAGCAGAAAUCGUCGCGAUUCAGUGAGCGAAGUGAGAGUAAGACAACGCCUGCGGAAGCGAUUAAGAUUCCAAGUCCGAAGGUGACACCGAACGUGCUACAGCCAACGACAUUCACGAGUCCGUGGGACUCGCCAAUUCAAAAGAGUUUGUUAAAAUUGGCCAAUACGGAUUUGGAAAAGCCUGUGCAGCAGGCGAGUGCUAUACCUCCAUUGAUCAGUCCUUCGCAAAAAACAAACUCCGAGGAAGGGUGCGGGGAUCGCAGUGAAGGACAGGGACAGAAACCUCUUGCAGUCGUACAGAAUCCGAUUAUGAGCUAUCGGAUGAACGUGCUACCAUCGGUGAAUUAUGGAUCGUUCCAGUCAUCGAAGCCUCUGAGCAACGAGCAGCUGAGCAAGUUGCAGGAGCUGCAAGCCCGACGUGACACGAAGGUAUUCCAAGGAAUGAACAUGGGCGGAAACAGGCAAGGAGGACAUUUCUCGGAUGGAGAGAGCAACACUUUCGCGAAAAAUAAUAAUCGUGGAGGGUUUGAUUUUCCGCCACGUGGAGAUGGGAAUCGUCCGGGUGAUGGUUAUCGUACGGAUGAUGGAAUGAACAAGCGGAACCAGAGUAUGGAAGAGAGAGCAGAUAGAUCGGAAGAACGCGAUGGUAUUGAUGGACAAUCGGUGAAGAUUUCUCAUCUAGAAAAUUCCACAGGGUAUGGUGAGGUGCGAAGGUUCUUCCACGGGCAGACAAUUUCUAGCAACGGGAUCAAGAUGAUCAACGAUAAGAACGGAAGGCGAACAGGAGUGGCGUUGGUGAGGUUCAUGCGGCGGGAUGGCAAGCGGUAUGCGCUCUCACGGGAUGGAAUGAGACUGAAGCACUCGGUUAUCAAGAUCGAAUCAAUAUCGGAUCAGGAAUUUGAGGAAGCAAUUGACGCUUAUCGUCCUAGCUACGACGAAGUACCGAACAACUGGAAGGAAGUCGAUUUGGAAGAAAAGGAAAAGAAACGAGAGGAAGUAAUCCAGAUCCGUGAUGAAGAUGAAGGCAAGCAAGGGUCGGUGGUUGUUUGGAACCUUCCUACGAUGACCACCGAGCUGGACCUGAUGAGAAUCUUUUCCGACUUCACCAUUGUGGAAGUGUUGAUCAUUAAGAAUUACAAGAACCCGAAACAAUUGGAUGGAUAUGUAAAAUUCCAUCGAUUGCAAGACGCGAGAAAAGCGUGCGACAGCACCCACAAGCACUAUAUUAGAAACAAGCGGGUGUUUGUGAAGCAGUGUUCGGACAUUGAAUACGAUGCGGCUAAGAAUGAGUACGAAGCUCCAGACGAGCCGGAGCCGGCGGUGGUAGUGCUGGAUGAUUCUGUUCAAAUUGUGAAUGAAUCCUCCAAGGAUUUCAAGAAGGAUGAACAAGACGAUGACAAAAUGGAUCUAGCGGAAGAUGAUGAAAAUAACGAAGAUGGUCGGCAUCAGCAUAUGAACGCAAAUGAGCCAACUCCGCAGAAGUCGGUUGAGAACUUGUUUGGAUCGCCGCCUCCAAACAUGAUGGGUAUGCCAGGGAACGAACUCCAGCAACGUCCAGGAAGCAACGCCUCUCCGAUGAAUCGUGGAUUCCCACUGGCCCAACAGUUUUCAGGAAUGCAGCGCAAUCCUAUCGAAGACGAAAGUUGGGAGCCGGAACGAUUCCAACAAAACGCACCACCACCGAUGAUGAAUCGUGACCCCAGAGGUAUGUUUAAUCAGAACUUCAACAAUCAAGACUACCAGCAGGAGCAGCAGCAGCAACAACAACAACAGCAGCAAUAUCAACAACAACCACCGCUUCUACGACAACAUCAGCAACAGCAACAAGCUCAAAAUGUAUCUCAACUGAAUCUUGGAUUUGGCGGGGAUAUGAGUCGCGAUCCUCGCCGGCGUCAGGAUGAUAUGAACCAACAGAUGCAUCAGCAGAUGCAGCAGCCACCAUUCGGCCAAGGUCCUCCGUCUUCUAUGAAUAAUGAUCGAUUUGGUCCGCGAGAUAUGGGUCCGAUGGGACGAGGUAACAAUCGUUUUGACCAACAGCUGCCACCACCCCAACAGCAACAGCAGCAGCAGCCGCAGCAGAUGGGUAAUAUGGGCAACAAUCAAGGCAGACCACCGUUCGGCAAUGAUCGCUUUGAUGAACAGCAACGAAUGGGCUUCAACCAGGGUCCUCCUAUGAUGGGUGGCAAUCGGUUUGGACAACAGCAGAUGGGCAACAAUCAAGAUCAAGGUCCGAUGGGCAACAACCGAUAUCAACAGCAACAACAACAACAGCAGCAGCAGCAACGGCAGCAACAGCAAAUGGCCAAUGCCCAUCAGGGUGGACAGUUCGUUAACAACCGGUUCAACCGAAACAACGAAGAUAACGCCAAGACCAACUUCAUUAUGAUCACCAACUUGGAGUUCAACAUGCAGGAGCCCAGGGUGUACGACUUCUUCGAUCAGGAAGGCUUCAGCCCGAAGCAUGUGCAGUUCAUUCGCAAUAGGAAUGGCCGUUCCACGGGCGACUGCUUGGUGGAGUUUGACUCUCCGCAGGAAGCCGAAGAGACCCUUUCCAAACACGGCCAUGUAAUCGGGAAGAGGAAGGCGUUCAUCAAGCAUCUGUUCAGCAAUCAGCUCAUGGAUAUCAUGCAAAAAAUGAAUCAGAAUGGACCGAGGCACCAGUGGGGCGGUGGUCCCAUCAGAGGAAAUAACUUCGGCAAUUCAGGUGGCAACAACAGCUUCGACAGGGAGAACAAUUUCGGUGGAAACAAUUUCAGAAAUAAUGACAACAAUUUCAGGGGCCAAGAUAACACAGGCAACGGUGGCUGCUUUGGCAAUGAUGAUCGCUUUAUGAAUGACAACAGACACAAUGAGGGAAGGAAUUUCCAGGAAAAUAACUACCUAAGCUUUUCCGAUGAUCAUCACUAUGACGAUGACAAGCCAGAAGACUUUGAGCACCACGAAGAUCAUGACGAUCAAGAGUUCCACGACGAUCACGAGGAUCAUAAUGACUAUUCUAAAGACGUGGAUGAAUCGAUCGUGGAUGAAAAUGUUCCUGAGAAACAGAUCGCCAGCACGAUGGAAAGCGAUAAACCUGUCGAGAACUCCUCUCAACACCAUGAUAAUGCAAAUGACUCUGGUUCGGUUCAGCAUGGUCCUGAAGACGAUGACCCGCCAUUGAAGCAGCCCAAUGCUGAUUAUCUGAACCCCAAUGAAGAUGAGGAUCAAGACGAUGAAGAUGCAGAGCAUGACGAAACGGGCCAUCAUAGUGAACCAGAGGCUCACGAAGAGCAAACAACUCCACAGCAACCAGAACAACCAGCUCAGCAACAACAACAGCAGCCACAGUCUCAACAGGAACAACAAUCCCAGCAACCUCAAUCGCAGCAGUCCGAAAACGAAGAUCAGUCACAGCAUACCGAUGGACAGGAUCACAAUGACUCCGACAUGCAAAAUGUGGAUAACCAAUCGGAGGAGGUACGCGGAAACAUUCUGUUCUUAGGGAAUCUUCCGUUCCGGGCGAGGAAUGAAGAAUUGGCCAAAUUCUUCCGGGAGUACAACAUCGGCGUCGAAGACGUCAAGCGCCGAUACCUGCCCGAUGGACGGCCGACCGGUGAUGCCAUGGUACGGUUCCGAAGCGGUAUGGAUGCACAGCGGGCGAUGAAGACCCAUGGCAAUCGACGCAUGGGUGGUCGCCAGGUUCGGAUGAGGGUGAUGGAUGAUUGAGUGAGAGAGACGGAGUGCGGUACGUAUGCGUAAUCCGACGUUUUUGAGCGGAUUUGCUACAAACUCUUAGCGUAUUGCGUAAGUGAGUGAUGAGUUUUGAUUUGAAUAAACUAAUUUUAUCUGUUACUUUGAUAAUAAAACUAAACUAGUGUACAUAAAUAUCAAGAAUGCUUACAGAAACGUAAAGAAUACAAGCAGAAAUGUGAAAAAUACCAGGAAAUAAA